AUGGCUGGUGGUUUUAUAGCCAAACAACUUGAAAAAAAAAUUGGUAUUGAUUUGAAUGGUGAUGGUGUUAUCGGCUCAGGUUCUGGCCGUCAACAACCUCAUGGAACAGCAGCAGGAGGUGCAGGUAUGAUAGGACAACUUGAAAGCGUUACAGGUAUGGAUCUUAAUGGUGAUGGACGUGUUGGUGGUGCUGGUGCUGCGGGUCAAGGUCAGCAAUAUGGUGCCCCAGGAUAUGGACAGCCUGCUGGUCAAUACGGUGCACCUGGCUAUGGACAACCUCCUGGUCAAUAUGGUGCACCUGGAUAUGGACAACCUCCUGGUCAAUACGGUGCACCCGGAUAUGGACCACCUCCUGGACAAUAUGGUGCACCAGGAUACGGACAACCUCCUGCUCAAUACGGUGCACCUGGUUAUGGACCACCCCCUGGUCAAUACGGCGCGCCUGGCUAUGGACCACCUCCAGGUCAAUAUGGUGCGCCUGGUUAUGGACCACCUCCAGGUCAAUAUGGCGCACCUGGAUAUGGACCACCUCCUGGUCAAUAUCCAGGACAAGGUGGCAUGGGUCAACCUCCUCAAUACAGACCACAAUAUUAA